AUGAAUCGCAUUACUAUUAUAUGUUUAAUCCUCUCGUUUCUCUUUUACUUUGGUGCCUCUUCUCCAACUGAACCCUCUAUUGUAAUUCGCAAGCCAGUAAAGGGAAACGUUUUUUCUGCCGAUAAGGACAUUCCUGUUAAGAUCUGCCCUGGGCUCGGAGUUACCAAAAUCGGCUCUAUAGCUCUCGUAGGCUCUUUCAAUGGCUUCUUUGACCCACAAACAGUAAAUAUUGCAGUACAACCAGGAAAAUGCAUCACAUUUAAGUUUCACCCAUCUAAACCUCCUUCUAUCGCUCCUUACUUCUUUGAAAUCACAUUUGUAGAAGGAGUUACUACAAACCUUGCUGUAUCUGCGACUUUUACUCUCGGUAGACCUAAAGUCGGGUUAAUUAUUACCCAUCCUGUCACGGAUACAAUUGCUCAUUGUGGCGGAACACUUAAGAUUAAAUGGAAAGACCCAUUUAAAUUAUACGGAGGUCUUACUUUUAGCGUAUUUUCCUUGUUUGAGGCUUCCCAAGGAGGCUUCAUACCAAUUUUGCCUCCAGCAGUGAGUGUUCCAGUUUCAGCGGGCAAAAAAACCGUCAAAAUUCCUCUGGGUCUUAAGAACGAACAUAAUUAUAAUGUUGUGGUUUUCGUUGUCCGCAACAGCCUCACUGAG